UCUUGGCGAUCACAACUCUUGCGAUGUGAGCGUGGCGAGAGAAUCUCUGUGAAUGAAACCCGAAUAGGAUCCAAUUUACUACGCGUUUACUACGCUCCUGUUGAUGCCGCUUCGGAUGCGGAUUCUGCGCAUCAGCUCCAGCAUCCACAGCCAGGUGGGGUGGCGAGUCCAGUGGGUGGUGGAUGGUGGAAGGUCGAGGGGGCGCUGGUGGUGCACAUGGCGAUGUGGCCACCAUGGCAACCUGCAUCUGCACAAAAAUCCUGCGGGACAGCGCAAUCAGGACUCAGUUGCUGUUCGACGUUGCUCGCGUGCGGUUGUUGUCUGCUCCUUUCUGCUACUGGCAAAUCGAGCGAUGCAUAAGCGCUGAAAUCACUGGUCGCAUAAAUCUCUGGCUCUAAACUCCGUGGCGCGUAAUUCGAAAAGCAAAUAAACAACAAGAACAAGAACAACAAUAACAAAAGCAUCAGCAGCAACAAAGUUGUGCCAGAAAACCAUUAACAUUUUCAGUCGGCUUCAAUCAGAGCAACGCAUUUGUGGAUGUGAGAAAGAAAUUAAAUAACCGAAACAAACAGAGCGAACGCGAUCCAAAGCGACAGCAAUAACAAAUAAAUCAAGCGAAAUUCGGCAUUUAAAAUCCAGACAUAAAAAAUGUAAUGGAAAGCAUUAGUGCUCAUAAAAAAUGGAUUUACACAGCCUUUUUAAGGCCAUCCUGAUCCUAUAUGUCAUCAGAGCCGAGAGCAGCCAGUUUGUAAAUGGACUGGAUCUACAGGGACCGAUUUUUCUCCAUGAGCCACCGCAUCGCGUCGAGUUCUCCAACAAUUCGGGCGGACUCAUAGAAUGCUCUGGGCAUGGCAGUCCCCCGCCGGAGGUGGAAUGGACGCCCAUCCCGCCGCAGCAGGACAUGGUGUUCCAGCUGUCCAACGGCAGCAUGAUGUUCUACCCCUUUACGGCCGAGAAGUACCGCCACGAGGUGCAUGCCACCGUCUACAGAUGCAAGUUGCGCAAUUUGGUGGGCACCGUGCUCAGUCGAGAGGUUCACGUGCGUGGCGUCGUCAACCAGAAGUACGCGGUCCAGGUGCACGAUGAAUACGUGAUGACGGGCAACACGGCGGUGCUAAAAUGUCAGGUGCCCAGCUACAUGUCGGAAUUCGUAUUGGUCACCGCCUGGGUGCAGGACACCGGCAUGCAUCUGUAUCCGAACACGGACAUCGGUGGCAAGUACACGGUGCUAUCGAACGGCGAAUUGUACAUAAAUAAUGCGGGGCCCAAUGAUGCGUACAAAAGCUACACAUGCCGCACUGUAAAUAGACUGACAGGUGAAGUACAAAUUUCCACAUAUCCCGGCCGCAUUAUUGUAACGGAGCCCAAGGGCAUGGUACAGCCGCGCAUCAACGUGGAGAAGCAUUCGAUGCGGCAUGUUGUCCUUAAUGGCCAAACAACGUUGCCGUGCAUAGCUCAAGGACAUCCGGUGCCAACAUAUCGGUGGUUCAAGGAGGAGAACGAGCAACUGCUGCCGCUGCAACUCAGCGAACGCAUCACCAUCGUAUCCGCAGGGCUCCUGAAAAUCACCAAGGCACGUCUCGAGGAUAGUGGAAAAUAUUUGUGCUGGGUGAACAAUACGGCUGGCGAGGAGACCAUCCAAGUGUCGCUAACGGUGACAGCUCCUUUGACGGCGCACCUGCAGCCACAGGUGCAGACGGUGGAUGUCGAUAAGGAUGCGCAAUUCCAAUGCAUUGUCUCUGGCCAUCCGGUCCACGAUGUCAACUGGCUCCACGACGGCAAACCCAUACUCAGGGACAAUCGGGUUGAGAUCCUCACCGAUCCACCUAGACUGAUAAUUAAAAAAGUGCAAAAGGAGGACCCGGGAAUGUACCAGUGCUUCGUCUCCAACGAAUGGGAGCAGAUCCAAUCCACCGCUGAACUGCAGUUGGGCGAUGCCUCGCCGGAACUGCUUUAUUGGUUCUCGGAGCAAACGCUGCAGCCAGGACCCACGGUAUCAUUGAAGUGCGUAGCCACCGGAAAUCCACUGCCUCAAUUUACAUGGUCCCUGGACGGAUUUCCGAUACCAGACAGCUCGCGCUUUUUAGUGGGUCAAUAUGUUACCAUCCACGACGAUGUCAUCAGCCACGUGAAUAUAUCAAAUGUCAAGGAGGAGGACGGCGGGGAGUACACCUGCACGGCCCAGAAUGCAAUUGGCAAAGUCUCGCACAGCGCCAAAGUGAACAUCUAUGGCUUGCCUUACAUACGCGAAAUGCCAAAAAUAACAGGAAUUUCUGGCUCUGAUUUGAUUGUUAAAUGUCCCGUGGCUGGUUACCCCAUCGAUAAAAUUCACUGGGAGCGAGAUGGCCAAACGCUGCCCAUAAAUCGCAGGCAGCGUGCCUACAACAAUGGCACCUUAAUUAUCGAGCAACUGCAGCGCCUCGAGGAUGCGGGCACCUACACGUGCAUGGCCCAGAACAAGCAGAAGCAAACAUCCCGCCGGAAUGUGGAGAUCCAAGUGCUGGUGCCGCCGAAAAUUAUGCCCAUCCAGGCGAUGACGAACAUGCUCCGCGAGGGAAUGCGCGCCGCCAUUUCCUGCCAGAUCCUCGAGGGCGACCUGCCCGUCAGUUUUCGCUGGGAGCGCAACGGAAAGCCACUGAUUGGAACGGGCAAUGAGGUGUUCCGUCGCCUGGAUGAGUAUUCGGCAAGUUUGGUCAUCGAGCACAUAUCCUCUGACCAUUCCGGAAACUACACCUGCAUUGCCAGCAAUGUGGCGGGUACGGAAAGGUUCACCGUACCCCUGACCGUGAAUGUGCCGCCCAAGUGGAUCCUGGAGCCAAAGGACUCGAGUGCCCAGGCGGGGGCAGAUGUCCUUCUGCACUGUCAGUCCUCAGGAUACCCCACACCGACAAUUACCUGGAAAAAGGCGAUUGGACCAACGCCAGGGGAGUACAAGGACUUCCUUUACGAGCCCACAGUGCAGCUAUUUCCGAACGGAACCAUUUUCUUCAAGAAGAUCAGCAAGGAGUCGCAAGGACACUUCCUGUGCGAGGCCAAAAAUAACAUUGGUUCCGGUGUGAGCAAAGUCAUCUUCCUCAAAGUGAAUGUGCCCGCCCACUUUCAGACAAAGACGAAACAGAUUUCGGUGGCCAAAGGAAAGCAGGUCCAUGUGCAGUGCAACGUGCAGGGCGACAAUCCCAUCGACUUUAAAUGGAAAAUCCAGGCAACGCAACAGUAUCUCGACGAGUCGCUGGAUUCCCGCUACACAAUAAGAGAUCAAGUGCUCGACGACGGCAUGGUCUCCGAAUUGGGCAUUUCGCACACAUAUCGCCAGGAUACGGGCAUUUAUAUCUGUCAGGCGAGCAAUGCAUUCGGACAGGACGAGAUGUCAAUCCAGCUCAUCGUGCAGGAAGUGCCCGAGCAGCCGAAGAACCUCCGCAUCAACUCGCAGCAGUCGCGCAGCCUCCAGCUCACCUGGAGCCAACCCUUUGCCGGAAAUAGUCCCAUCGAGGAGUACCACAUCUACUACAAACAGAUAUCAGACAUUUGGCAGAAUGCGGAGCACCUGACCAUCGCCGGAGCCCAGACCGUGAUCAACAUCCAGCAGCUGCGACCGGCGAAGGCCUAUCACAUCCGCAUGUCGGCGGAGAACAAGCUGGGUGCCUCCGAGUUCUCGGAGGUGGUGCAGGUGACCACGCUGGAGGAGGUGCCCUCGGGUCCACCACUAGCCGUGCGAGCUGAGCCCAAGAGCUCCACCGAGAUCUUCGUCACCUGGGAUGCACCGGAGCGGGAUCACUGGAACGGCAUCCUGCUCGGCUACUACGUGGGCUACCAGAUGUCGCUGACGCCCGAGGACAAGGAGGUUAAUCCCACGCAGGGAUUCAGCUUCAAGACCGUCGAGGUGCGCUCCCACUUCGGUGGCGAGACGGUGCUGGCCAAUCUCAACAAGUUCACCCAGUACCAUGUGAUUGUCCAGGCCUACACGAGCCAGGGCAGCGGACCACCGAGCAAGGAGAUUGCCGUGCAAACAAUGGAGGACGUUCCCUCAUCGCCGCCUGAAUCGCCGCAGUGCGAUGUCCUGGGCUCCACAUCGAUCUAUAUCACCUGGUCACCGCCGGACGUUGAUGGUCAAAAUGGAAAAAUCAAGGGCUACAAAGUGUUUUACAUAUCGGUGGACGAGCUGUACGAAACCGAUCCGGAGGUUGUCAAGUCAACAAAUCAAUACGUCACCAUCGAGAAUCUGCGCAAAUACACCAACUACACGGUCUGGGUUUUGGCUUACACCAAAGUAGGCGAUGGCAUGAAAACCAAACCGUUUUAUUGCCGCACCCACGAGGAUGUGCCCUCCGCCCCGCAGGCCAUCAAGGCGAUACCCGCGUCGAGCACAAAAAUCAUAAUAUCCUGGCUGCCGCCCGACCUGCCCAAUGGUGACAUUACGGGCUACACCUUCUACAUGUCCAUGCUGGAGGGCGGACGCGAGGAGGGCACCCAUAAGCGUCUCCUAGGUCCAUUCGUGGAGAUGCACGAGACGGUGCGCACCCAGGAGUCGGCCACGUACCAGUUCUGGCUGACUGCCUCCACCAAGAUGGGCGAGGGCGAGAAGACGCAAGUGGUCACGGUGCCGCCAAACAACAAGGUGCCCGCCCGCAUUGUGUCCUUCAGCCAGCGGAUAGUCACGCCCUGGAAGGAGCAUCUGGAGCUGCCGUGCCGAAAGGUGGGAGCCCCUGCUCCCGUUACCAUUUGGCGCCAGGAUGGCCACAAUAUGGAGACGAGUGCCCGCAAGACGAUAGCCAAGAAUGGCACGCUUUACAUGAAGGAGUGCCAGGCGAGUGAUGCGGGAAACUACACCUGCAGUGUGGAGAACACCUGGGGUAAGGACGAGAUCGUGUACAACAUUGUGGUGAAGGUGCCACCCGAGGCACCCAAUCUCACGGUGAUAAAUGCCUACACGGACAGUCUGCUCCUGGAAUGGAUGGACAAUAGUCACGGUGGCAGUCCCAUUCUGGGUUACGUGAUCAAUUACAAGCGCGACAAUGGGGACUGGGAGGAGCUGCAGGUGGACUCGAAGACCACGUCGCACCUGCUGACCAACCUGUGGUGUGGCACUCGAUACCAGUUGUAUAUAACCGCUUACAAUAAGAUUGGAACGGGCUUACCCUGCGACAUAGUCAACUCCUAUACGAAGGGAAAUCCACCCGUGCAACCAAAGCACUCCCAGAUGAUCACCAAUAACUCAACGAGCGUCACUUGCUGGCUGGACUCCUGGGGAGAUGGUGGCUGCGGCAUCCUGUACUUCAUGAUCGAGUCGAGGGUUUAUGGCCGCUCCUCGUGGGCGGUGGUCUCCAAUCACAUUCCGCCGACGGAAAGGAUAUACACGGUGAGCGAUCUGGUACCCGGCACCAAGUACCAACUGAAAGUCACGGCCCACAAUAAUGCCGGUUCCACCACUGCCAUCUACAACUUUACCACGCUGUCCACACAAGGAGUGAUCUAUAACAACGACCACUCCACACCUGUAUCCCACCUGAGCGACCUGCCCUUCUAUGCCAACUUUAAGCUACUGCUGCCCAUAUGCUUUUCCCUCCUGAUGUUGCUGGCUUUGAUUGGUGCCGCGCUAUUUCUCAGAAAGCGAAAGCUAGCUAGCCAGGCCCGUCUGGCCAGUUCCUCGAUGUCGGAGUCGCCGUCGCUGGCCAAUCUGCAGAACAAACAGAAUCGGGACCAACAGUACCUAGCCGUGCGAUGUAAUCCGGGCACCUCCGCUCCACGGGGAUCCAACUCCAAUGAUUCCGGCAGCUUUGGCAAGGCGGAGGGGAACGAGUACAUCGAGGACAUCUGCCCGUAUGCAACCUUUCAACUGAACAAACAGACUUAUAGCGAGAGCUCCUACAGCGGCAAUGUCUACAGUGGGCCCUACCACUCGGUGCGCGGAUCCUUUGUCUACCACGAUGUCAAGCCGGAAAGCUAUCACUCCAAGGAACCGGAGUACACCAAGGUGCGGCGAAAAGUGGGUCGUCUCAGGGAUCCUCAUUCAGAGAGCCAAGAAUAUGACACACUCGGCUCCGAGUCCGACAAUGAUGUGUCUGCGCGCGCUCUAAACUCGGCCAAGUAUCGUGCACAACGUGAUACCCAGGACGAGACUUCGUCCUCCUCCGAAACCACGCCCACUAGUAUGACCCGGAAAUCGAAACCGCCCUUCGCCGCCCGGAAGAGCGGAAAGCCGGGCACCAGCGGAAAACGGCACGUGCGAAGUUCCAGUGGUUAUUCCAGCCACAACGAAGAAACUACUUUUAGCAUAUCCAACUAUCCACCAAACUAUCAGGACCACAUAAAUCCACCAGCUCGUUUUUCGGAUGCCAACGACAAGACGAAGACCCAGACGUCGCCACGAAUGCGUGCCAAUCAGAAACUACACCGGGAGGCUUUCCAGAUAAAUGUCUAGGCCCCCAGGACGAAGGAAGUUAAUUUUUAAACGUAAUCUUAAACUACAAAAAUGUAUAAACGGAAAUCGCGCGUAACGAAACUGUACAAUUUGUUGUAAAUCCACCCAAAAACGAGGAAACAAUUUCGAAAUUGUAUUGAAAUUUCGACAGACUUCAAAGAAAAUCACUUCCAGCUAUAAAAAAAAAAUUGAAAACAAUACCUAAAGUCAGUAAAUGAAAUGCAUUUCAACUAUUUACAAAAGAGCGGACUUGCAGAUAAGUGAAUGAAUCAAAUAUUAAACAGAUUUAGAAGGAACUUGCUUUUCAACGAACAUCAGAUGUGGCGAACGAAUGGAUACAGCGCGAGAAAUAAACCAUAAGACUUAUUUACACACUGAUUAUGCUUAGUUAAACUUGAAAAGCUGCGUAUGUGUAAUGAAGAUAAGCUUGAAAAAGUUGAGGCGAGCGCAGAGACGGAGGAAUAUAAAUAAAUUAAUGUUAUAGAUCCUAACUUAAGCAUUUAAUGUAUGAUAAAGUGAACUGCGGCAGGCCGCAGAUGUGAAGUGUCGGGCAAAAGCAGAUAACGUAUAGUACUAUAUACGCAUAAUAAUACUAUAAACGAUAUUUGAAGAGAAUGCGGAAAUUCUUUGCAUUUGUAGUGAAUUAUGGACAUUUGGUUGAACUGCAUUGUUUGUUUCCAGUUUUCAAGUUUUCAAGUUUUGCAUCAGUUUGUAAGUGUUUGCGACCAGAAUGCUUGACAACUGUUAGCUAGUUACUUAAAUAAAUAAAAUUAAUUUACGGGGAUACAAUAACACGAAUGCAUUCACAUAGUUUAUGAAACUGUUGUACAUAGCUAAGCGUCAUACAAUUACUUCUAAAAUCGUAUUAUACAACAAAACCGAAAAUACAUGGAG